AAUGCUGCUGGCGUGAAAUUAAUACGUGCUUCCUGUGUCCAAUCAGAAGUGUGUGUGUGCAUGUGUGAGAGUCAGGGUGCGUUAUCAGUGCAAGCCAGCUGUGACUUCAUACACUUUCAUGCCUCUGAGUGACUAGUAGCACAGUCUCGCCAACCACUCCUGCUAUGAACACACGCAACAGGGAAGGUAAGGCACCCUCUCCUGACCAUAACAAGACCAUAACACCUUUCAGUAUGACCAUAACUUUACUGUUUUAUUAGGCAGCCUCAGUGUAUGAUUAGAGAAUGGUCUCAGAUGUCUGAAUAACCUGUCAAAGAUACGUUUUUCUUCCAGCGGUAGUUGUAGAGAACAACUACUGUGGUGUAUAAUUGAAUUUUGUAACACUUCUUAUGUUUGAUGCUUAUUUACAAAAGGCCUCACUCCACCCUAUCUGAGAUACCUACCGCAGCCCUCAUCCUCCACAUACAACAACCGUUCUGCCAGUCACAUUCUGUUAAAGGUCCCCAAAGCAUACACAUCCCUGGGUCGCUGCUCUUUCCAGUUCGCUGCAGCUAGCGACUGGAACGAGCUGCAAAAAACACUCAAACUGGACAGUUUUAUCUCCAUCUCUUCAUUCAAAGACUCAAUCAUGGACACUCUUACUGACAGUUGUGGCUGCUUCAUGCGAUGUGUUGUCUCUACCUUCUUGCCCUUUGUGCUGUUGUCUGUGCCCAAUAAUGUUUGUACCAUGUAUUGUGCUGCUGCCAUGUUGUGUUGCUACCAUGUUGUUUUCAUGUUGGGUUCCUACCUUGCUGUGUUGUCGUGUGUUGAUGCCAUGCUAUGUUGUUGUCUUAGGUCUCUCUUUAUGUAGUGUUGUCUCUCUUGCUGUGAUGAGUGUUUGGUCCUAUAUUUAUAUAUUUUUUAAUCCCAGCCCCCGUCCCUGCAGGAGGCCUUUUGCCUUUUGGUAGGCUGUCAUGGUAAAUAAGAAUUUAUUCUUAACUGACUUGUCUAGUUAAAUAAAGGUUAAAUCAAAAAUAAAUAAAAUAAAAAUGUUAAGGGGUCCUUAUUACAGUGUAAUUACAACAAGUAUUGUAAUUAAUUGUAAUAAUUCAUAUUUACACUUUAAUAACAACAUGUAAACUGGUGGUAAUCGCUGUCUGUAAUUACAGAUGGAAUGCUUCUUACCAUGCUUGUUACAAAUGUGAACGUUUCUGAUAGCAUCCCAACGCACCAUAUUUCACCCUGCACAAACCACAUGAUAAGUGUUAGCCAAUUGAAAACCAUUGACACAAGAUCUGGAGUCUGAUUGACACAACUCUGCAAUAAAGAUCUGGAGUCUGAUGCCCAGGCCCAAUGGCACAAACGGUUCACGUCAAAAAAUACUUUAAAUUGUUAAAUCCUUUAAUGGUGAAUUUGACAAUGGGUCAAUUACUUUAACCACCAAUUAAACAUUUUUAGACACAUUCAUUUAACAGUUAUGGUUAAAAUUGUGACAAUCAUUCCUGCUUGCCAAAUAUUAAGCCUAUUAAGCUUGGUUUAAUAAUGGUUUAUAAAUGCACUUAAAAUGGUCAUAAGACCAUCAUGUAACCUUGCAAGGGUUUCACUGUUGAGGAACAUUCUCAAUUUUGGAUGGGAUGCAUUGGUGCAAUCAUUUAUUUAUCCCAGAAUUAAGGCAUCAUGUCGAAAUCUGCACAUCUGCGCAACACGUUCGAAAUAAAGAAGAUAUCGAAUGUGCCUACACGUGUUGACGCUGACAUCAUGUACCAGUGUGCAAAGAACGGGCGGAAAAGGUCAGUGUGCAAAAUCCAGACAUUAUCGAUUGCUGCGAAAGUGUUGUAGGUCAAAAACGUCAUCACAGGAAUGAGAAAGUAAGUUUUCCAUGCAAUUUGUUUAGUCUUUUUGCAUAAUUGAAUUCUGCUGGACGUUUUAGCAUACCGGUAGGUAGUUAGCUAGCUAAGCUAACUGUAGCUAGCUAACUUUAGCUAUUUAGCUAGCAAACGUUAACUGGCGUUUUUGUUGGGCUAGUUACCAUCUACAGAAUAUACUUUCCAUGUAAUCUGUUGAUUUUUUCUGGAUUAGCUAGCAUGCUAGCUAGCUAGUUUUCUAACAUUGGCUGUACCUAAAGCUGUCAAAUAUGAUAUAGUCGCUGGCAAAUAUGCUAUAGUCGGUACUCGCAAGCUAACUAGCUAGCUAACGUUAGCUGGGAUCGAUGGUCUUAUCGUCCCUAAACCACCUUCUCAGGGUAUCUGUACCCCCAAGGGUAUUACCUGAGCUACUUGUGUCAACACAAACACUAUUACUGCUUGCUGGAUAACAGAACAACUAUCUAGGUAGCAGCUAGGUCUAGCUAGCUGUUUGCCUAAACUAUAGAAAUCAUGAUGAUGAUAACUAGGGGUAAUGUAUAGUGUCUAUGCUAAAUUGUCAUACAUUCAUUUUCUCUACCACAGGUCUCAGACUCCAGGAUGGGAAAAUGCUUACAAAAAGAAACUGAUGAAGACAGUCAGAUACAUCGGUGGUCCUCUGUUGUCCUCUGUAGCUCAGCUGGUAGAGCACGGCGCUUGUAACGCCAUGGUAGUGGGUUCGAUCCCCGGGACCACCCAUACACAAAAAAAUGUAUGCACGCAUGACUGUAAGUCGCUUUGGAUAAAAGCGUCUGCUAAAUGGCAUAUUAUUAUUUAUAUUAUAUACAGAGUUGUCGAUUUCCAUUGUUACUUGUAAUGUUAAAAAGGAAGAAAAAGACAAUCCCAUUUUUCUAAAUUAGCUAGUUAUCUAGGCUAUUCGCCAUACUAGAGGCUACAGAUUUGAGUCACCACUAGAAUAGUUAUUUUUAUGUUAUUGAGUUAUUGAGUGUUUAAUCUAAUUAAUCAAUUGAUUCAUCUAACAAUACAAAUCAAUUUCUUAUUUUGUAAGAAAUGUAAGGUAUUUUACAUGUUGCAAUAAAGUUGACCAAACUAGAAGCUCAUCUUUUGUUUGUAGGCAUUUUCACUUGGUAAUGAGUAAUAAGUCAUUAUAUAGAAAUUGCUCAUAGGUAACUAUAAAGUUACACUUAACUUUAAAUAGCAAAGUCCUGUGUAACAACUAGCGACAACCGUGUACUUAUGCAGAUAUUACAGAUAUGUACUCUGUGGUGUAUUACUGUGUUGAUUUUCUGACUUGGAUGGCGCUUUCAGAAGAUGAUGAUUAGUUUGUCAGAAUGGGUAACGUACUUUGUAGGUACACAAUAAUUACAAGUAAGUACACCUCAAUAUAUACUUCAUUUUAACUAGCUAAAUCCGGUGAUACACCUAGUAAUUACAUUGUAUUUAUGCAGAUAUUACAUGUACUCUCUGGUGUACUUGUGGGUUUAACCUCUCACUUGGAUGGCAAGGAGGUUCAGGUUGUCAUAAUGGGUAACGAAUACAUUCAUUGUAAGUAUUUUUUAACAUUAUAAUCUGGGAUGACACCCAUAUGGUAGACCCCAGUCAGUGAGGUUGACCUAUAUCUGAUCUGUUUUUGUAAACUCAACCAAGUUAACACAGAUGGUACACUUUUUUUUGGGAAAGUGCUAGCAACAAUAUUGAGUGGAGAUUUUGAAGAGUAGGUAAUUCUAGCCUAUUGAGCCUCCAACCUUUAAUCUCGGACACCCAGCACAUCUGUCCACAAGGGGUUACAACCUUGUGAUAGUUAUUACUGAAUCAGAUGCAGUGGAGAAGAAAUAAAACACUAAAUUGGUGAAUUUAGUGGAAACUUGCCCAUUUGUAACAAGCAUGGUAACAAGCAUUUGUUGUAACACCUCUGUAAUUACAGACUGCAAUUACCACCAGUUACAUGUUGUUAUUACAGUGUAACUAUGAGUUAGUAAAAUUAACUACAAUACUUGUUACAGUGUAAUUACACUGUAAUAAGGACCCAUUAAAAUGUUGUGUUACCCUGAAUUGUUAUUAAGAUCAAAGGUUAGAUGUCAUUUUCAAAUCCUCAAAAUAGACAUUACACAGUAGUAACUCAUUCUUCUGUGCAUGGUUAGAUGUUAGUUAUGUUUAUAAUAUUAGGUAAACACAAACUCCAACUUUAACUGUUACAUGGAGAGAGGCAAGGUGAUCUGCCUGACCCUGCAACACUGUCCCAAGUUGUGAAACCUCACUGUCCCUAUUUUCUCACUAGUUAUUUUACUUAACAAGGGCACUAUUACAGUGUUGUUAAUCAUCACUUUAUUUCAAGAAUUCAAACUAGCGCCUCUGGCACCCGCUCUCCGGAAAUAUGUAUUCCUUUGCGUUGUUAUCUCCCUUGCUUGGAAUGACACGUUCUCUUUUAAUGACUCAUUUCUCACACUAAAAUGAUAUCUGCAUCCCUCACAUGGCAAAGACAUCCACAGACAUGAGUUGGAAUUGUUUUCCCUCCACCAUUUCAAUAUGACAUGUCCCUCCCUCUCUCUCUCCAGAGUUGGCAGUAAUGAUGAGGGGGUUCAUGCCAUGUGUGACCCCACUCCUGGGUCUUCUCCUCCUCUUGUUGACCCCAGGGAGGGUUCAAGGGUCAUCAGGCUGUCCCCUGUACUGCUCCUGUCAUGGUGCUCAGGUAGACUGCAGCGGCCAUGCCCUCACCACCUCCUCCUUACCCUCCCGCUUCCCUCCUGCCACCACCGAGCUCCGUCUCCACGACAACCAGCUGACCACGCUCCCCAACGGCCUUCUGGACUUCCUCUCUUCCCUCCACUCUUUGUCUCUCCAUGGAAACCCCUGGGCAUGUGACUGCGGCGUGCUCUACCUGCGUGCCUGGCUGCUCCGACAACCUACCAACUACACUGGCCACAGCAACAUCACCUGCAAUUCCCCUCCCCGCCUGCGAGGGAGGCUGGUGGUCUACCUGGCUGAGGAGGAGGUGCUGGAGUCCUGUCACUACUGGUACUGUGACUUGGCACUGGCCUCCCAGGUGUGUCUGUUUGUGUUUGUGGUGGUGCAGGCGGGGCUGCUGGCUGCUGUGGUCGUGUUCCUGAGGAGGUUUGAGAGGCUGUCCCGUGAGGCCCGGAGGACCACAGAGGAGAGCUUUACUGGGGGGGAGGGGCUUAUGUGUAAUGAGUGA